AUGAGUCCGGGCAGCCUAAAACUGGAUACUAAAGCAGACGCCCUGCGGCCUCUGCUGGACUCUGACCCCAACGAGACGCUGUCUGAUCUUCGGAAUGACGCCUCUUCUCUGGUUGCAAAUGAGAUGCUACCUCCUCCUUAUACCAUAUUCGACAGCUGGCGCCGCUACGUUCUUAUGGCGUUGCUCAGUGUGGUAGGAAUCUGGAGUUCUGUGCUGAAUCCAAUUUACUUCCCUGCGUUGCCCACGUUGACCAGUGAGUUUGGUGUAUCUCUGGAAGCCAUGAACCUCACUGUGGUGGCGUACUUAGUGUUUCAGGGCAUCACCCCGACAUUCACGGCGAACUUUGCCGAUACUUAUGGCAGAAGGCCCAUGGUGUUGAUAGCAUUUCUCAUCUACAUCGGCGCUAGUAUUGGCCUAGCGGUGAGCGACACAUACUGGCUUUUGGUGUUCUUACGAUGCGUCCAAGCAGCUGGAAUUGCCCAGGUUAUCGCCAUUAAUUCGGGUAUUGCAGGUGACGUUUGUGUGCCGCAAAACCGUGGCGCUUUUGUGGGUGUGGUAUCAGGAAUGCUCUUGGUGGGUCAGGCAUUUGGCUCGCUUAUUGGUUCUGGACUUAUAUCGACCUGGAACUGGCGUGCAGUGUUUGUCUUUCUUGCCAUCGGUGCCGGCGUCACCUUAAUUUUUAUUUUCAUCCUUCUCACCGAGACGUGUCGAAACAUAGUGGGAAACGGCUCUGUCAAGCCCAAGAACCCUCUCCAUGCUGCUCCUGCGCUUCUUCUACCGGGAUACAAACAGUAUGUUAAUAACGACCGUUCUACUUUGGCAACUCGUGUGCCACUAGACUUUUUGGCUCCUUGGAGGAUCUUGAUCAAACCCACAGUCAUCGCCGUGCUUCUUCCUAGUGGCCUCCAGUUUGCCUCAUGGACAAUGUGCUUGACCUCCUUAUCCACGGCUCUUGAAGACGAGCCUUAUAAUUAUACAGUCAUACGUGUCGGUUACAUGUACUUGCCCCAAGGUAUUUGUUGUCUUGCAGCAUCGAUUAUCGCUGGAAAGGUGCUCAACGACUACUACCGCUGGCGUCGCAAAAAGUACGAUGAAACUUACGCCAACCACGACAAGGAGAGUCGUCCACCUUUCAACAAGAUUCGUGUCCGUCUCGAUGUCGCCAUCAUCCCCACGUUUAUGACAUUGUUGGGCCUCUUGCUUUUUGGUUGGAUGCUCGACAAGAAAAGCAGUGUCGUUGGUGUUGUGAUUGGCCUGUGCUUUGCCUCUUUUGGAAGCUCGUCCUUCAUUGCUGUCGUCACCACCAUGCUUGUGGACCUCUUCCCUGCGAGAGGCCUGGCUUCCACUAGUUGUGUCAAUUUGGUGAGAUGUAUCCUUGCUGCGGCCUUUGUAGCAGCAAUGGACCAAAUGGACAGUACUAUGGGCAUUGGCGGAGUCUACACGCUUAUGGCUGCAUUAUGUUUGGCGAGCAACGUGUUGUUGGUCGUCGUUGUUGUACAAUACCUGAAGAAGUUGAAAAAGGGAAACUUAUAG